GCGCACGCACUUUUAUUGGGGCGGGAGCUCGCCAAGAUGAUGUCCAUGAACAGCAAACAGGCGCACUUCGCCAUGCACCCUUCGCUGCCGGAGCACAAGUACACCACCCUGCAUUCCAGCUCCGAGGCUAUCCGGAGAGCCUGUCUACAAACUCCGCAGCUGCAAAGCAACAUUUUCGCCAGUUUGGACGAGACGCUCCUGGCCCGGGCCGAGGCUCUGGCGGCGGUGGACAUCGCCGUGUCCCAGGGCAAGACGCACCCGUUCAAGCCCGACGCCACGUACCACACGAUGAGCACCGUGCCGUGCUCGUCGACGUCCACGGUGCCGCUGGCCCAUCACCACCACCACCAUCACCACCACCACCACCAGAACCUGGAACCACCGGACUUAAUGGACCACAUCAGCUCGCCCUCUCUCGCCCUCAUGUCCAGCGCUCACGACGGGCCCGGAGGUGGCGGCGGCGGCGGUGGAGGAGGCGGCGGCGGCGGCGGCGGAGGGCUCAUCUCCAGCGCCUCCGCUCCCGCGCACGCGCACGCUCACCCGCACUCGCACAUGCACGGCUUGAGCCACCUCUCACACCAGGCGGCCAUGAGCAUGAACUCGCCUCUCACCCACCACGGCCUCCUACCGGGUCACCACGGGGGUAGCCAAGUGGGCCCCGGGCUACCGUCCAUCAAUGACUCGGACACGGACCCCAGGGAGCUGGAGGCCUUCGCGGAGCGCUUCAAGCAGCGGCGGAUCAAACUGGGGGUGACCCAGGCGGAUGUGGGGGGCGCGCUGGCCAAUCUCAAAAUCCCCGGCGUGGGAUCGCUGAGCCAAAGUACAAUUUGUCGCUUCGAGUCGUUGACUCUGUCCCACAACAACAUGAUCGCGCUCAAACCCAUCCUGCAGGCUUGGCUGGAGGAGGCCGAGGGGGCCCAGAGGGAAAAAAUGAGCAAGCCGGACAUAUUCAACGGAGGGGAAAAGAAACGCAAGAGGACCUCGAUAGCCGCUCCGGAGAAGCGGUCCUUGGAGGCCUACUUCGCCGUUCAGCCGCGGCCCUCCUCGGAGAAAAUUGCAGCCAUCGCUGAGAAAUUGGACUUGAAAAAGAACGUGGUGCGAGUGUGGUUUUGCAACCAAAGACAAAAGCAGAAACGCUUGAAAUUUUCCGCCGCCCACUGAUGCGGGGGACCAACGCGAAAACAAAAAAACGUUCUUGUGACUGAAUUUGGGGACCAAUGGAACUGCAGUCAAAACAACAAACACCACUUUCGCUCUUUUGUCGCUGGCGAGUUUCUACGCCGGUGCGCAACGGGCUUCGCUCCUUCUAGAAGAGGCUUCAUAUAUAUAUAUAUAUAUAUAUAUUGGUUAUUUUUUCACGUUAUCGGUGAAUGUGAAGUAUGCAAAUAUCAGAUGAUCCGCCCCUGCAACAGGGGGGCAAAGUCGAGCGACGUCGACGUCGCCUUUGAAAAGACGCGUGCAAGGGAAAACGGUUUCCAGCAGCCAGUUGAUUUCUCCGAACAGGCCUAUUAUUU